GAUUUAUUAUUAUGUAAAAGUUCCAAAGGAACUCUCUCUGAAGCCGAUAUACUCAUAGAGGAAUCUCGAAUUGAGAGUUUGCUCUCUUUUAAGCUUCUAUUAUUGGGUGCUGGAGAAUCUGGAAAAAGCACUAUUUUAAGACAAUUUAAAUUAGUAAACAAAAUAACUUUUACCCAAGAAGAAAAAAAAAAUUUCGCCAUUAAUUUAAGGCGGAACACUGUGAGUAGUAUGCAAGCCAUUUUGGACGCAUUCGGCUACGUUAAAAACCCGCCUGAGCUCAACGACGAGUUAAAAGAAUGCAAGGACGUAGUCCAGAAGUUUUCUUUCGAAGAUGAGGAAUGUGAAGUCCCUUUGUUUAUACAAUCUGCUAUAGAAAAAUUGUGGAAUUCUCUACCCGUUAAAGCUCUACUGGAGCGUCGCUCCGAGUUUUGGUGUCUAGAUGGCGUCGAUUACUAUUUUAAUAACUUGUGUCGCUUUGUGGAUCCAAAUUUUGAACCCGAAGAAGAAGAUUGUGUUCUUGCAAGGAUUAUUACAACCGGCAUCGUUACAACGGGCUUUUCUACUCCUUGUGCCCUGCAUCGGGAAUUACAAUUGAAAUACACAAUAAUUGACGUGGGUGGGCAGCGUAACGAGCGCAGGAAGUGGAUCCACUGCUUUGAUGAUGUUUCCGUUAUAUUAUAUGUUGUCAACCUCGCUGGCUAUCAGACUGUUUUGUACGAGGAUCAUUCUGUGAAUCGGCUUCUUGAGUCCCUUGAUGUUUUUAAAGACACUUUAAAUAACGAAAUCUUUUCCCAAACCCACAUAUUUUUGUUAUUAAACAAGAAGGACUUGUUUGAAAAUUUAAUCCGGAAGAAACCGCUUAGCAAUCUAUUUCCCGAAUAUGAAGGAGGAGAUGAUGUACAGAAGGCUCUUUCCUAUAUAGAGAAUAAAUAUAAAUCGCUAUUGGUCAAGAACCCAGAGAGGAUGUCAACUUUUGUGAUUUCUGCAAGGGUAAAGCUGGAUAUGAAAAAUAGCUGGUACGAAAUAGACAGUUUCAUACAAGAUAAAUAUCGUCACAAUUUUAGAGAUGCCUUAAAAGGCAGAGAGAAGCUUGAAAAAGAAAAGAAAAGAUUAAAGUUGACUAAAUAA